AUGCUGGGGGCCUCCCCGUGCUCCCAUGAGGAUGCUGCUGCUGUCGUCUGCUCAGCGGGGGUCGUGGAGGACGUGGGGGUGGUUUGCCAGGGUGAGUGUCCCCACGGGCCCCCCGGGGCACAGGGUGGGCGGGCAGCCGGCCCCCGCCGCCAUCUGGGCUCCGUCCCCGCCGCAGGGAGCCGGCGCGUGCGGCUGGCGAACGGGCCCGGGCGCUGCGCCAGGAGAGUGGAGAUCUACUCCCAGGGCAGCUGGGGCAGCGUCUGCAACGACGGCUGGGACCUGCCCGAUGCCGCCGUCGUGUGCCGGCAGCUGGGCUGCGGAGGGGCCGUGCGGGCCCCGGGCUCUGCCGCCUUUGGGGAGGGCUCCGGGCACAUCUGGCUGGACGGCGUGAACUGCUCCGGGGCCGAAGCCGCUCUCUGGGACUGCCCGGCCGGGCCCUGGGGGCGGCACGACUGCGGGCACAAAGAGGACGCCGGAGCCGUCUGCUCAGAGUUCACGGCCCUGAGGCUGGAGAGCAGCGACGGCUGCUCCGGGCGCCUGCAGGUUUUCUACAACGGGACGUGGGGCAGCGUUUGCUCCAACUCCAUGACCCCCAAAACGGUGUCACUGGCGUGCGAGGAGCUGGGCUGCGGGAAGGAAGGGACCCUGGAGAUACAAGGGCCACGGGGCAGAGUGUCUGGCCCCGCCUGGCUGGACCGUGUGGAGUGUGAGGAGAGACACGGCUCCUUCUGGCUGUGUCCCUCCGAUCCCUGGAACCCGCGGUCGUGCGACGAGCUGCGAGAUGUGACCCACAUCACCUGCCGUGGGACACGGCCCAAAAUGACCCCAACCCCGGGCUCCGCGUGCCCCAACGCCACGAGCUGCACAGACAGGGAGAGGAUCCGCGCCGUGGGAGGAGAGGACGGCUGCUCGGGCCGGGUGGAGCUGUGGCACCGCGGCUCCUGGGGGACGGUGUGCGACGACGCGUGGGACGUGCGGGAUGCCGAGGUGGCCUGCAGGCAGCUGGGCUGUGGGCCCGCCGUGGCCGCCCUGCCCGAGGCUGCCUUUGGGGAGGGCACGGGCCCCAUCUGGCUGGAGAAGGUGGAGUGUCGGGGCACAGAGGCGGCUCUGCAGCACUGCUGGGCCUGGCUCGGGGACCGCGGGCUCUGCCGGCACAAGGAGGACGCGGCCGUGCGCUGCGCGGCUGCGCCCAGGACAGCAGCAUCGACCCCUCGAGCAGAUCCCACUCGGGGCCGCCCGACCAGCAGCAGAAGCGUCUCGUUGCCCGUCAUCAUGUGCAUGAUCCUGGGAGCCCUUGUCUGCCUGCUGCUGGCCCUCCUGGCCUGGAGAGUGCUCAGCGCCAGGGCUGAGCGCAGAGGCUCCCAGACAGCCCUGGAGCCCUUCCCUGAGGCGGUGUACCAGGAGAUCGGUUACAGCCCAGUGUGGGAGGAGCAGGAGACAUUCAACCCAUCAGGCUCCUAUUCAGAGGGGUCCCUUACCAAACUGCAGCCCCAUCACAUGGACAGUGAGGAGGAAGAUGGUCUGGGGUCAGCACGAGAGACAAAGCUGUGCUCCCAGAGCAGUGCCGGGGCCCCUGGAGCUGAGGGAGAUGCCCAGUGCCUGUGCCCAGAGAGCUGGAGCUACGACGAUGCCCAAGAGGUGUCCCUGGCACAUCCCCCUGAGGACAGCGAGGCCGUGACACCGCAGCUCAGGGCACAAGGGUGGCCCAUCCCCGGGCCAGGAGAGCCCGUCACUGCCGCGGGGCUGGGAGCAGCUGGGAGGGAGGAGGGAGCUGUGCGGCUGGGAGAGCCCUGA